AAGUUCAACCAGGAUGUGGCUAAAACUGUUCCUCUUCGAACUAUCACUAAUAAUUGUCACGCACUGUUCGGAGGACAAUAGUAUUGCCGACUUCGGAUACGAGCUGACGAUGGCCAGUUUAGACGCGAUCAAUUCCAACAUUCAAUCGAUGGGUUCUAAAAUGGCGGCUCUUCAGCGGACUCAGGGAGCUAUCGAAAAAACGGUAACCAGAGUGGCGUCCUUGCAGCAAACAUUGCCGCCGGCAGAGGUGAUGAACGAUGUUCUGAAAUUGGUGGCCGAUCAAUUUCGCACCCAAUUUCCACGUUCCUGCGAUGUCGAAGACCGUCGGCCCGGGCUUCGGAAGAUACGUCCCCAAGUGGGGUUCGGCAGUCCGAUGGAAGUCCUGUGUGACCAAGACUACAAAGGUGGCGGUUGGACCGUGAUACAGAAUCGUUACGAUGGAUCAGUUUCCUUUUAUCGUGGUUGGAACGAUUACGUGAACGGUUUCGGAGAUUUGCAAGGUGAAUUUUGGCUAGGGUUGAACAAGAUUCACGAAUUAACUUACACGAAACGCCACGAACUGCACAUUGUGAUGGAAGACUUCGAGGGAGAGAUUAAAGUGGCUAAAUAUGACAAUUUCAUGGUGAGUGGAUCGGAGGAAGGUUUUAUGCUGAAAAGUUUUGGGACGUUUGACGGAACUGCGGGUGACUCAUUUAGUGAGUUAAUCGGUAUGAAGUUUACGACCCUAGAUAAGGACAACGAUAAGAGCGGCAAGAAUUGUGCCGUUACUCGCAUUGGAGCAUGGUGGUAUAGGGAUUGCACAGAAAGCAACCUGAAUGGAUUAUAUAUUAGAAAAUAUGACUUAAGAUCGAUGCGCUGGUGGACAUUUAAGGAAGAUAACGGAUUGAAACGCUCCCGCAUGAUGAUUCGAGCAACAAAUUCAUCUCGAGGAUUGUAACUAGUGAUGAAACGGAUAUUGGUUUGGCCGAAUGCCGCAUACCUGAUAUCCGGAUAUUCGGAUCUUUGCGAAUACGAAACUGGGAGAAACUGCAUGUGUGCAUGAAGCAGAUGAACGAUUACAUUUUAGGGAGAAAUAAACAUAUUUUUACAUUAAAAUAAUGAACGAUAGUUAAAUUUUCCGUUUAGAAUCAAUAUCCUAAUAAAGGUCGAAAGAAUCUUAAAUAUAUUGUUUUCUGAUAAGGAUUUUCUACUACAGAUUUUUGUGGAUAUAUUGGAAUAAUUUUUCAAUACUGGAAGAGUAGAAGUAAGGACUACGAAAUUAAAUAUGCAAAGAUUCUUUGCAUUCAAGACUAAAAAAACAUGAAACCUCUGAGAGAGAGUACCAUUUAUUUCACUACAAAUCAAAAAGAAAAAAUGGGUGGGUUAUAUAUAUAAUAUAACCGCAAGAUUGAC